UCAAGAUGGCGCUGUCCGUGCUCGGAAGAACCGGAUGCGGCUGUCGGAAGCGAUGAAACGCACGAAGUGCCGCACCUGCCGCGAGAAGGGGGGCCGGGGCAACCGGCGCCCGCAUAACCCAGCGCCCAAGCCGAAGCCGCCGAAGGACACGGGCUUCAUCUUCCUAGACGAGGGCACCGGGCCCAGCAGCUCCCUCACGCUGCUGGCGGACUCUGAGGCGCAGAGCUCGGUGGACGCCGCCGCGUCGCGGGUGCCGGGCCGCGACGGCGUCGCCCUCGAGUCCACGAAGAGGGUUCGCUGGCGGCGCCGCCGGGCUGCGUUGUCGCGGAUGCUGCGGCGGGCCAGGAACUGA